AUGAUGUUAUAUAGUCUAUUAUUGAUUGGGUUGUUAUGUUCAGUAACGAGAUCUCAAUUCAAUUUAUAUAAUACUGAUGCAUCUCUUGAUGCCGGUAACCUUCACACCAACUGCCUACAUCAUUAUGUGUAUUACUGGAUAGAACUUACUGAGAAAGUUGAAUAUUGUGUCGGUCCUAUCAGUGAUAAUGAUAUAUUGCUUGAGAAAUUUCCCAAUACAACUAAUGGAAAUUUCACAUUUGAUGAAUUACGUCAACUAAAUGUUAUUACACAAGAGCUUCUUGCAUGGUCUGCUGCAAUCGAUCUUAUUGAACGAUAUCAAUAUUAUAUUGAUCAACCAAACAAUUCAUUUAAAUCGACAGAAAUUUUUUUUAAUUGUACAAAACCAUGGUUUGGGCCUCGAUGUCAAUAUUCUUUUGGUUUAGAUACAAUAUAUAUGUUGCCAGACAUUGUACGAAAGACAUUCACUAAAAAAUAUUACUCGGCUCCCCCAUAUGUUGUUACUAGUCUGACUUGUUACAUUCACUUAAAAUGUGAUCGUGGAGGUUCGAAUAUAUGUCUUGAUUGGCGUGAGAUAUGUGAUGGACGAAUUGAUUGUAUCGAUGGAGGUAUAGAUGAAGAUCAAUGUUUCCAGUUGGAAAUCAAUGAAUGUAAUGAAAAUGAAUAUCGAUGUCGUAAUGGAUUAUGUAUAUCAAAAGGAUUUUUGAAAGAUGAACGAUCACAAUGUCUUGAUGGAUCCGACUCAUUAGAUAUCAUUCCUUAUCCAGCUCAAAGUGGUUAUCGACAUAUAUUUGAUAUUGAAGAGCAUAUGUGUCCAUUAGAUGAUAAACAAUUUAAAUGUGGUGAUGGACGAUGUGUAGCAGAUUAUGAUAAAUGUCUUAACAAACGAGAUUUAUUCUUAUAUGAGUUGAUAAGUAUGCAAGGAAAUUUAUCUUCCAUCUGCUGGAUAACAAUGAUAUGUCUGACUAAGAUUCUCAAUCAAGUCAAUGGAACAUCAUGCCAACAAUUCUUUAAAUCGUCUAAUAUCACUACUUACUUAGAAAGUUGCGAAACUAUAAUUCAAUUUCCAAUUGUUCCUGUACUUUUUGGUCACAUACGCUUCUUAUAUAUUUUGAACGAUACUAAACAUGGAUUAAAUACUGAUCUUGCUCUGAUACCUGAUUAUAUAUGUUACGAUUCAAAAUUGUGUGAUUUUCUUAUACCAACAUUUCGAAUUAGAAACUAUACUUGUCGACAUAGCCGUGAUAUUAGUUCGAAUUUAAUUAAGAAAUUAACAACAUGGACUUCUAUCAUUAGUGUAAUUGAACCAUAUUUUCGUAAAUGUUUGACUACAUACAACAACACAAAUCUUUCUCAAUAUUCGUCAUUAAUAUACUGCUGCAAAAAUUCAUCAAAAUGUAUUUCAAAACAUCGAAUUCUCGACAAUAUUUCAGAUUGUUAUUUGAAUGAUGACGAAGAACAAUUUGAACUUAGCUGUUUAAUCAACGAUACACGACGUUUCAAAUGUGGCAACGAAAACAAAUGCUAUGCAGUAUUCGUUUCGCAAGAAAUAUGUCCUCAGCAGCAUUUACUUACUAUCGAUAAGAUAGAUUUUAAACAUUUAUGUGAUAGAUAUAUUGAAAUGUCUCCUGUAAUAAUCGAUGGACAAAAUUAUACGGAUGAAAGCGAAUGUGAAAAAUGGCCUUGUAACAAUGUUUAUACACGUUGCGAUGGCUUUUGGAGUUGUCCUUCUGGAGAAGAUGAAGAUAAUUGUACAGAACGACAGAUUUGUCCUUCAGGUUCUCUUGCUUGUGUAUCACCAUAUGAUUAUACUCUAACAUGUUUGCCAGCAGAUCAAGUUAAUGAUAAUCAUAUAGAUUGUCUCGGAGCAGCAGAUGAACUUCAGUACUGUCGUAGUGGUAUAUGGGAAUAUGAAACCUAUUCUGGAUUUCACUGUUGGAAUGAUAGUAAAUGUAUUAAACGCAAUAGGCUGUGUGAUAACGACCCAGACUGCUCUUUCGAAGAUGACGAAGUUUUUUGUGGAGAGGACAAAUCUUGUUCGCAAUGUGAUAAGUAUGGUUGUUCUAACGUAACAGAAGCUCUUUGUCGUAUCGGUACUUUGAGCAAAGCUAGAGCCUCAUUAGAAACAUUGCCAGUUUAUCCUCUACUGUCAAGAAAAACAAUCCAAUACGCAAAUCAACCGCAGAUAGAAUUACAUAGUCUUACAAAAUAUAUCACUAAAGAACCUCAUGAUCAUACAUGGCCAUGGCGUUGUAAUCAUGGUCUCUACGUUACUGUCUGGUCUGGAGAUAAUUCGUUAAAAUACAAAUGUUUUUGUCCACCACACUACUAUGGUGAUCUAUGUCAAUACCAAAAUCAACGAGUAAGUUUCACGAUGAAAGUAAAUACGAUCAAUAGAUAUGGUAUUCAUGCAAUGAUUAUUACGUUAAUCGAUGAUGACGAUGAUCGUCAACAGAUAAAUUCUUAUCAUCAGUUUAUUUCGACCAGUACUCGAGAUUGUGACCGAGUUUACAAUACUUAUCUUACUUAUUUGUCACGUCCAAAGAAUACUUCAACAAACCAUAGUGUUCGUGUUGAUGUAUUUGACAAGACUCCUAUGAGAUAUAUUGGUAGUUGGCAUUUUUCAGUACCUUUUUCGUUUUUACCUAACAAUCGAAUGGCUGUUCUAUUAAGUAUAUCAGAUCAUCCACCAUCCAAUAUUAUUAAAUGCUCUGUUACAUGUCACAAUGGUAAAUGCGCGAAAUAUAUGAAUAAAGAAACAGGUUUUUGUCAAUGUAAUAUGGGAUGGUCUGGUGUUAGAUGUGAUAUUCCUAUUCGUUGUAAUGAUUGUUCAUCUGAUUCGCUUUGUGUUGGUAUGAUUCAUAAUCGAUCCAUAUGUGUAUGUCCUCUUAAUAAAGGAGGUCCACGAUGUCUAAUUACACUUUCAUGUCCAGAAAAUUACUGCGACAACAAUGGUUCCUGUUUGGUAGUUGAUGAUGGCAUAAAUGAAUUGGGUUUUGUUUGCGUGUGUUCGGAAAAUUUUAAUGGCGUACUUUGUGACAUAGAAAAACCAAUAUUUGAAAUUUCUUUUCAUAACAUAAAAGUCUCAUCACCAAUUCUAUCGAUCUAUAUCUUCACUGAUAUAGCAACUACGGCAGACUUCGACAAAAUGGAGUUGACGGUAGUAUCACGAAAUCUAAAGAUGUUUGAACGUACUGUAUCAUUAAAUACACCACAAACUCUACGUGCAGUUUUUGCCAAGAUUGAUAACAGUUAUUAUUUAGCCUAUCUGCAACGACAUGAUCAAGUAAAUGUUUCUACUUCGAUUGAUUCGUCUCAACGAUGUUUAUCAAUUGAUGAAGUCUUAAACUCUGAAUUGAGAGUUUUACCUAAAAUUCGACGAAUGAAAUAUUAUCAUGUCAUAUGUCAAACUAAACUUCAUCUAUUAUGUUUCUUUGAUGAAUCUCAUAUGUGUCUGUGUACUCUUGAGCGUCAUGCUUUCUGUUUCAAGUUCGAACAUAAUACUUCGGAAUGCCGAUAUACUACUCAUUGUCAGAAUAAUGCAAAAUGUAUGGAAGAGGGCACUGAGUGUCCAGUGACUACAUUUUGUAGUUGUAUUGAUUGUUAUUUUGGUGAUCAAUGUCAAUUUUAUGCAAAAGGUGUUGGACUAACAUUAGAUGAUAUCUUUCGUUAUGAUAUUCAACCGAAUGCAACCAUGCAUGAACAAUCAUCUGUGAUUAAAUGGUAUGCAGCAUUUACGAUGAUUAUACUUGUUGCAGGCUUAAUCAAUAGCUUUUUAUCCUUCAUAACCUUUCGUAUUCCAGAGUCCAGACUGAUUGGCUGUGGAAUAUAUCUUCUUGCAUCAUCUAUCACAUCUCUUCUCACAGUAAGCAUGCUCACAUUCAAAUUCUGGUUUCAUAUAAUCACUCAAAUCAAUCCAUUAACUAAUGUUUCUACUCUUCGUAGUGGUUGUCAAUCAUUGGAAUUUCUUUUAAAAGUUUGUCUAUAUAUGGACAAUUGGCUUAAUGCUUGUGUAGCCCUCGAACGAUUCAUGACUGUGUAUACAGGCGUUCGUUUUGACAAAUUGCUGAGUAAACGUAGUGCACGAUGGGUGAUUAUUAUUUUAGCAUUAUUGAUUCCAAUUUCUAUUAUUCAUGAACCUUUAUAUCGUAAUUUAGCUGAAGAUAAACAUGAACAACGUUUAUGGUGUGUAAUCCUUUAUUCUCCUUCAGUUCAUACAUACAAUACAAUCAUUUCUUUCUUUCAUUUUCUCUGUCCAUUCUGUGCCAAUCUUUUUUCUGCUGUAUUUAUUAUUUUUCAUGGAGCUCGUCAACGAGCAAGAUUAGAACCACGACUAACAUACCGUCAACAUCUCUCGAAACAAUUCGCCCAACACAAACAUCUUAUUAUCAGUUCAAUACUUCUAGUUAUUUUAUCAAUACCUCGUCUCAUUAUUUCCUUCUUAUCAGGAUGUGUGAAAGCAUCUCAUAACUCACCGUUAUAUGCUGCAGGCUAUUUAGUUUCCUUCGUUCCAUCAGUGAGUGUUUUCAUCGUGUUUGUUCUCCCAUCAGAAUUUUAUAUGAAACAAUUUAAAAAAGCCAUUAGCUCUUGUCAACCAGCAAUCUUACGACGUUAA